CACAAACGCGCAAGAGUUGCUGCGCGUGCGGAUGACGUAGUUCACAUGCGCCGCUGUUUAUGCUGCUUAUAAUGAGGAUAAAUGAAGAUACAUUACUGGAGGGGGAGAAGGUCGUAUUAGUGCCUUACAAUGCAGAUCAUGUUCCCAGAUAUCAUCAAUGGAUGUGCUCUCCUGAACUGCAGAAGCUGACUGCAUCAGAGCCCCUGACACUGGAGCAGGAAUAUGACAUGCAAAGAAGCUGGAGAGAAGAUGAUGACAAGUGCACCUUCAUCAUCUUGGACAAACAAAAAUGGGCAGAUCCGAGUAUACCGGAGCAAGAGUGCAUGGUGGGAGAUGUAAACAUUUUCCUCACAGACCCCAGUGAUGCUUCCCUGGCUGAACUGGAGAUCAUGAUUGCAGUGCCCUGCUACAGAGGAAAGGGACUUGGGAAAGAAGUGACACGCAUGAUGAUGUGCUACGGUGUCCAUAAACUUGGAGUUCAAAAGUUUGAAGUUAAGAUAGGUUUGGAUAACAAAAUCAGCAUCGCCAUGUUCAAGAAUUUCCACUUCAGAGAGCUGUCCAUCAGUGAAGUCUUUCGGGAGGUCACUCUCGGGGUCACCAUGAACGAGGCUUUACAGAAGCAUGUUUUUGGAAACAUGGAUUUCAUGCUGCAGAGGGAGUAUGGGAAGGCGCGGGACAUCCGACAGGCACCGUUCACACAGUUAUCUCUGUGAUAAUAGUUUGUAGGAGACUAAAUGUAAAGAGAACAGCAUUGCAGUGCAUCUCAAUAUGAAAUAUUAAUCACUCACUGUCACAGAAAGCUGAGAUAGUAGUAGUAUUUUUUGUCAGUCUCAUGUGACAAAAUAUUUCUGAAUU